UGGGAGCUGUAGUAGGGGGCGGAAGGAAGAUGGCGUCCAAGAUCCGCGUGUUCUUGCGGCCGGUGAAGAGUAUCGCGGUCCGCUUCUGCCCCUUCGAGUCCAACGUGGAGAGCACGAGAAAAUUUCUUGCAUGUAUAAACCAUAAGAAAAUCCAGGCCACGAAUAGAAACUGCGAAGUGACUGCUGAUGUGAGACACGAUGGGUCGGAGCCACUUGUGGAUGUUAUGUUUGCUGAUGGAGAGCGAUUGAUAAUGAAGGGAGCCAACCUGACCACAAUAGAAAUGUUAACAGCAUUGAGCUCCAGGUGUAACGCCAAAGAGCUCAAGGAAGAACAGAAAAGCAAGAAGAAGAGUCCCUGAAGAACAGAAAACCAGCUGUGUUUGCAUUUACAUGUAUUGAAAACAGCAGGCUGCACAGAAGGCUUUUCUCCUGUAGAACAGAACCUGAGAGAGAGAGAUGGCCAAAACACUGACCAGUUUCAUGUGCAGCAGAAUGAACCAUUUAAAUGUUCUCCGUUUUCACCUGAAGGAGAACAUAGUGGAUCAGCAAAUCUUCUAACACUAGUAGGUCAGGGUGGCUUAAGAUGCAUGAAAGUGUCUUUCUAAGCAGCUGCCUCUCAGUUGUCUGCAUGUUGGGGUAAUAUCACAUGUAUUUGCACAUAGAUGUGAAUAAUGCACAUUAGCUAUUAAAUUAAUAUUACUGUGAAGACAGAUCUCUUUGGACAUUAUUUCUGACAAAAUGUCUACAGAGUGGAAUGCAAAGUAUUACUAGAGUUGUUAUUAUUUUUGAAAAUUAUGAAAUACAGAAAUUUGAAGAAAGCUUUGAAAGUAUUUAUCCUUGACUUCGCUGAGGGACAGCAAGCUGCAAAUAGAGAGUGGAUUUUGUAAUAUUAUGUUUAUAAUACAUCUGUUGCUAAGUCCCUGCCAUUUUCUUCCUCUCUCUUUCAAGAAAGUGUGAAAUUUCUUAAAUGUAAAUUUAGCUCAGCAAUUAAAGUAACAAGGUAAUGGGACUGUGAGCACACGGUAGAGCUACUAAUCCUGUGUAAAAGCAGCUAAGUUUAGCUCAAAGACGAAGGUAAGUCAGGUUUUUUUGAUAAUUGGAGGAAAGGGCUAUCUUUGAAGUUCAGUUUUGUAAUGUUUUUGUCACUCACUUCUGAGAGAUUUCAUUAUGUAUUUUAUAAAGAUCAAAGGGAGAGCUUUAUUUGGUGUUUAUA